AUGAAGUACUUUGCACAAAAACUCUUUACAAAUGAUCAAUUAUAAUUCGACAAGCUUAUAUUAUUGAUUAAUAAUAUAAAAGUUUAAUUUAAUUAGUAAUUGAAUGAAUUAGAAAAAAUGAUAUAUUAAAAAAUUGAACUAUUAUAAGAAAAUUAACUUUUAAAACAAUUAAACCAAAUGGAAAAUAUUUUUACAGAAUCAAAUGAUAGAAAUUUUGAAUAAAAAUCAUUUGAAUUAUUUAGAUUAAUCCCAAGUUUUACAAAUUGUAAAGAUAAUUUUAUAAUUCAUAAUAAUUUUGAAUAGUUAAAUUUGUUAAAUUUUUAAUAAGCUAUAAGAUUAAUGAUUGAAUUAUAAUAAUCAACCUAUUUUAUGAUAAAAAAUAUAAUCAACUUAGUAGAUCAAAAUAAAAAGGAUUAAAAAAAAAAUGUAAAUUUAGGUUAAUAAAAUGCAAGCCACUAAAUUUGGAAACAUAAAACAUUUGCUAAAUCAAAUGAUAGAAAAGUAGCCUUCAAUUUUACUAAAAAUUGUGGAGUAGCUGAAAAUAUAUUAACUAUUUAAAAUGUUAUUUUAUCUGGAUUCCUAUUAACUUAACUAUUUUAAGGAUUAAAUCAAUUUGAUUAAAAUAUAAUUGAUUAAAAUAAAGAAGCUGUAUUUUUAUUUAAAGUACAUGAAGGAUUAGAUUUAAGUAUAUCAGUCUAUGAUCAAAUUAUAAAAAUUAAACAUUCUAAAUUAAAAAUUAUUAAUGAUUGCUAUUUUAUUGAAUUAGAUUAAGAAGUUUAUUUGAAAAAAGGAAUGACCUAUACACUAUCCUUAAUAUCCUAAACAGAUGAAAAUUUUAAUUUAUUUAUGUUUGCUGGCAAAAGUGUCAGUUCAGGAGAAAUAAAAUUUCUAAAUAAAGAAACUGAAAACAUACAUUAAUCUGUUUAAGUCAAAUAAAGUCUAACUUAAUCUUGCAUUCCUGGUUUAGUAAUAAACAUUAAUUGA